AUGUUCUCGACAUCUAAAAGUACUCUUGUGGGUGCUUUCAUCCUCAUCACGAUGAUGAUGAUUGCCAUCACAACAACUCAUGUCAAAUGCCAAGACGAUGACGUAAAGCUCGUCAACACCGAUCCAUUGACAUCUUCCUCCUCCUCUCCUCUAGGAAACAUUCCUGUGUUAAAUACACCAAGUGAUCAACAAGCUAUCGAUAUUAGCAAAUCCGCCACUCAAUUUGCUGGACAACUCAUGAAUCAAUUGAUUACCAAUUCCAUCAAUGAUCAUUUUAGAAACAUGAUGUUCUCUCCACUCUCCCUUUCACAAUCCUUGUCCAUUCUCUUACAAGCAGCGACUGAAGAACCAAAUGAAUUGGGAGCACAAAAAAAGCAAGAAUUGAAUACUCUCUUGAAUAAGAUUGGUAUUGGAAAUUUGAACAAAGUUUUACAAGCGAUUGAAACUAGUUCGAAAGAUGUUGGCGGUGCUUCUGGUAGUACCUCUUCUGAAAUGUUUCCAAAAUUGGUAUUGACUCAUGCAUUGUUUGCAUCGGAGCCAUUCAUCGAAAAGACUCCUUUUAAAUCUCUAUCUUUGUAUGUGAAAAGUGUGAAUUUCUCAAAUGUUGAACAAUCAAGAGAAUUCAUUAAUAAUUUCAUCUCAGAGAAGAAUGGAGAGACUACUUCACCUCUGAUUGGAACUGGUUUUUUGAAAAAUACCACACAAGCUAUUUUUGCAGAUACUGCUUUUUAUUUUGGAAAGUGGGAAAAACCAUUCGAUCUCAAUCAAACAUCGAUCGAAUUUUUCAGAACUAUUUCUCCAAACGAUGAAGAUGUGAUUGAGAAUGUGGAAGUGGAUAUGAUGAAUAAGAUGGAUGUAGUGGAAGAGUAUGGUGAAUUUAGAAAUUUCCAUUGGAUUUCCAUGAAGUAUCAUUCACAAGAUUUUGCCAUGAUUUUUGCAGUCACAAAAGAUCAAGUGAGUUUGCAUGGAGACAGUGAGGAAAGAUUCAAUCGAUUCAUUACUCGUAAAUUGAAUUCUGGAUGUCUCUCCUGUUCAUUCCCAACUACACCUCAAUCACUCAAGAGAGUAUCCAUUCCAAAAUUCAGAAUUGAAAGUAAGGUGAAACUUUCAUCGAUUUUAAAGGAAAAGCCAUUCUCUCUUCCUUCGCUCUUCCCAAAGAAGGUCAAAGUUCCAAAGAAACCAAAGACCACCACGAAUUCCACUACUGAACCUGUUGCAACGACACCAACAACUGUUGAAGAAACUCCACAAGAUGCCAAACCAUCUGAAUCUGGAUGGGUCUUGGAUGAACUCUUCCACAAAUGUAUUAUGGAAAUCAGUGAGUUAGGAACUGUGGAAGGUGAAUUAACACCUGAAACAGCUACAACGAAUGAAACAAAGGAGAACGAUGGAGAUAAGACUUUUGUGUUGGAUAGACCUUUUGCAAUGAUUUUGCAUCAUCUUCCAACGAACUCUCCAGUUUUUGUUGCUAAGGUGGCUGUUCUUUAA